UGCCGCCUGCGGAUGGACUGGUGGUUUGUGAAUGAUGGCCGUGACAACCCAGUCAGAUGGGCAUGGCGGUCAUCGUCAGGGGUUCUAUAGCGUCGGUUGGAACGACAUUGUGUGGCAAAGGGACUUGCAAUGUGUGUAGGAUUGAAGCGGCCAGAGAGAUGGCAGUGUCAAUGUGAGCAAGAGACACCCAGGUUGCGACGAAGGGACUGGAGAAAUGGACAUAUUGAUUGAUCGCGCCAUUGUGGAUGGGCAUACCUCUCCUCGUCGAUAGUGGAUGCACGACCAUUACUGUGAGGGAGUUUUUGUUCCAUUGGCACGCCGAUGUCACAAAGUGGCUCUCUCGUCUUUGUGCGGGAGUCACCGGGAAUAAACAUAGUAGAGGAUUGAAUCCGGUCGUAUGUUCAUAAGCGGAAGGGCAACUAUUAUUUGAGAACAAAGACUUCAAGGGGGGGUAAGGAAGAGAGAGAGUGCUGGGGUAGGGUAGGGCAGGUGGGGGUGGACAAUAGGAAGAGGGCUUUUGGGGGGGGAGGGGGGGGGCCGGGGGUCGGUCUUGGGCAGGGCCGAAGGAAAGGGUCUACCAGUGGCAAUGGCUUCUGGUAGUUCUUCUGGGUCAAGAACGAGCAGUCGAAGAUGGAACAUAGAGUUUGGGGAAGCAAAUCCAUCUACUUCGAGGAGUAUUCAUGAUCCUUUGGGGUUUGAUCGACGGGCAGCAGAACAAGAUGAGGUGACAGUGAGCAGGCAGAAGAAAGAAAUGGACGCUAAUUGGAAAGAGCGGAAGGCGCGAGAAGCAGCACAAGCCCCUAUGCGCAAUAUCUUUAUGAUGGGGUUGAUGAUGUGGAUGGCGGGAAACUCUGUGUCACUAUUUAGUGUGCCCAUCACCUUCUCGGCGAUCUGGUCACCAAUCAGUGCGCUACGCAACAUGAAUCUAGUGUUCGAUCAAUUCAAGGAUGACAAAAUAGAUUUGGUGCUACCCAAGUUGAUUUUCAUAAGCCUCAAUCUUGUAGGCUGUGCGAUGGGUCUCUAUAAACUCAACUCCUUAGGGUUGUUGCCAACGACACCGUCUGAUUGGGUUUCGUCCCUGCCCAUUCCUCAAGCGGCGGAGUUUUCUGCUGGAGGAAUUACCUACAGCUAACUGGUUUGCCUCUGCGUGAGUGCG